ACCACCUCCAUAAGCCUGUAAGACAUUCUCCAGUUCAAACACACUUCACACAUUAGCCAAGUGUUCAAAACUGACCUGCCUUAUCUAACGAUGGACAAGACUUCAAAUAGCAACCUUGGGGUAGAUGUACAGAAACUUGUGACAAUACACAAGAAUGCCACAAGACAACUUCAACUUAUAGACAUGCAGUUGGAAUCUCUCACCAGAAAGGUGUUCGAUGCCCAACUGAAUGGAGACAGGGGCUUCAUGUUACAGUUAAUGACCCGGAAAUCAGUGCUGAAAGGAGUCAGGAGGGCCUACAGUCAGUUCAUACAAAACAAAGCUAGCCAAAUAACGGAGUUAUGUACCCUUACUCUCACAUCGGAGGGGUCAGAGAGUAACAACAUAAUCGCCGAGAUAACAAGUGCUGUGUCAAAUCAUGUUCUGACCUCCGAUGACCUUGCACCAGCUGUGACAGAAACAUUUUGUUUGUUUUCUAGAUGUAGUUAGAUACCUGAUAGACAAACCCAAUGAGGCUUUACAUGGACCUUUAACUGUGUCCUAUUUAAUAUAUAUUGUUCUUUAAAGAAAUGGGAAGCACGAUUUCCAUGACCAUUGGCUUUGUAUCACAAUUGCCAAGCUUCAUCUUGAAACACCAAUGGCAAAUAAGCUCAAAGAUUAGUUUAUGGUGCAAUUUUAACAUUUGUGCAUUUGUAUAUUAAUUUAUGGAUCAAUGAUCUCCCUUGUUGUGUGCCAAAAGUUGCUAUUAUCAUUGUUAUAUAUUACUUAAAUAAAUUAUUUAUCCUUAAAAUGCUCCUACUGUUUUCCCAUUGAUACAAGCUGAUUACACUGACCCACUGACGAGGAUUACUAGUAGAUACGAUCA